AACAAAUAGAAAAAUCCCAACUCUUCUAAAUAAAGGAUUCCAAAAGCGUUUGCUUUACUCAAUGGUCUACUGACAACUGUGGUAGAUCUAGAGCUUUUCUGUCGGUGGCUUCUUGCUACCGCCUUACUGUGUUGGGAGUGUGACUGUGAGAGAACCAAGACUGCUGCACAAACAUGGCGGUAGACUCUCCUUCUCUAGUCCCUCUCCUCUUCUUUGCUAGAGUCUCAGGGCUUGCAGUAGCUACGCUGGUCCUCUUUUGGGCUCUUGCUUUCAACUCCAGCUUCCUGAUCCCUCGCUCAUCCUCCCAAGAAUACCUCAUCUAUACAGCUCUUCAUCCUUUAUUUAUGGUGAUUGGGUUUAUUCUAAUCAGUGGAGAAGCAAUUCUGGUGCAUAGAUGGUUGCCUGGUUCGAGGAACUUAAAGAAAUCUGUGCAUUUAUGCCUUCAAGGAGUGGCUUUGGCUUCUGGGUUAUUUGGGAUUUGGACAAGGUUUCAGGGGGAAGAUGGGAUUGUGGCUAAUUUCUACAGUCUGCAUUCCUGGAUGGGUUUGAUUUGUGUCUCCCUGUUUGGAGCUCAGUGGUUGAUUGGCUUCCUGAGCUUUUGGCACCGAGGGGAGGCGCGCACAGUAAGGCUAAAGGUCCUACCUUGGCACGUUUUUGUGGGGCUCUACACUUAUGGUUUGGCCGUGGUCACAGCAGAAACUGGGCUGCUAGAGAAGUUGACAUUCUUGCAGACCAAGAGAAACCUAUCCAGACACUGUCCAGAAUCCAUCAUUGUCAAUAGCCUAGGACUCGGAUUGGCCCUGCUUUGUGGCAUUGUAAUAUUGGCUUCCGUUUCACCAAAGCAUCAAACUCUUCAAACUAAAUUCAUGUACUCAGAUGCCAAGUGCUUGUCGUCAUAAAGAAAUGGAAAUUGUUUUUCACUCA